CAUAUGAAGGGCACAUACGUGUGUGUGGCUGUGCAAGCCCAAGCCCACUAUAUAUUUGACAACUGGUUUAUUGUCCAGCACCUUUAACCCUUUAAAGCAGGCAGCCUCUUUCCUUCAAUUGUCUGAAGGCGUGAUAUUGUCAAGGGAGAGGAGGGGGUGAGAGAACGAGAGACAGGAAGUGGGCGCAGAGAGGGUGGGGACUGAGAAAGUUUUGUGAAAAUGCUUGAACUCUGAGAGAGAAAAGCACACAGAUAGAAAGGCAGAGGAAAAAACUGUUCAACGCUGUUCUCAGAAGCAAACCACAAACUGGAGAAGCAUUUCCAGUGUAUUUUACCUGAUGCUGCCUGUGUGUUUUUGUGUAAGAGGCAGUAGGAUGGACCUCACAGUGCUCACGUUGCUGCUGGCCAUGCUGCAGUUCUCAUCCUGCUUAAGUGAGCUGAGAGCCAGGGAUCCAGAUGUAGAGGAAAAAGAAAAUCCAGGGCUCAAGAGCAGCUUUAGCACAGCUCACAUUCCAGUACCUCUUGGACAUGAGCAUCUCAGCAGAUCUGGACAACUGGAUACUCAGCUGGAGACACCUCAGAGCCCUUUGCCCUUCUUGAGAGAGAGUUCACACCAGCCUGCACGCAGAGGAAACUGGUGUGCAUUUGUCCAUCAGCGUUUGGUAAGCGUGGUAGAGCUCAGUGAUGCUGAGGAGCAUAUAGCGAAGUCAGUCAACCCCUGCAUUAAUGGUGACCCUGACUGCCAAAUAUUUAAAUAUCAGCUCUCCUCAUGGCCUGUGUACAGACAGAAGCAGAAAACUAUUACUGCACUGCACUGGAAGUGCUGCCCAGGCCAUGGAGGCAACAAUUGUCAGGAGACAGUGAGUCUGACAGAAGAAAGUCAGUCCAGUCAAGAACACACAGAAUCAGCUCCAACAGGCGUUUCACAGGCUGAUGACUCUGACUCUGGCAAUGGUGGAGCUAUUCCUCCUCCUUCUUCUCUGCCUUUCAUGGAUUCCAGCAGCCUCUUGGCAUUUCAUCAAAUAUUUGCAGCAGUAAUGACCCAACUUCAGCCAGUGCUGGAUGGCUUUAAUCGUACUUUGGAGAAUUUGUCCAGAAAGGUGGAAGGUCUGUCCAUUGAUCUGAAGAAUCUGAGGCAUGAGCAAGACAGCAUUUCCAAAACUAGGCAUGUCCAUGAAGAAAAAUGUGAGAAAGGCUUAGAAGACAGCUUUGAACAGAUGCAGCAGAUAUGGACAGAGUUGGACUCACAACAAAAAGAGAUAGAACAAACAGUACACUUGCAACAAGAACAUCUGCUUCAUAACAUGACCAGUCUAAAGAACAAAAUUGACCACUAUAUCAACAUGAGUCAUGAGGAAAUACAGGUGAGCUUACAGUCUCUGAAUAAGUCCAUGGAGAAAAUUCGACUUGAUCAUGAAAGGCUGCAGGAGACAACACUGGAAGAACAUGCUCUCUCAGUUAAUGCCAGUGGAAGCCAGUCACUACUGGAGACCAGUGUGUGGGAGGCCAUCAGUAGUCUGGACAUGAAGGUGCUGAAUAACACAAUGGAGCUCAGUCCCCUAAUUGAAAACUCCAAACAUUUGAUUAAUAUUGUCCGGAAGCAGGACCAUGGCUUGAGGAACUUGAGUCAAAGACUGGAGUAUGUCAGCCACAGCACAGAGGCCCAUUUGGCACACAUCGGGCUUGAAGUGGAGGGAGCUAGAGUGGCUACGCUGAAAAUCGUUAAUGAACUAGCUUCUAAUCUCAGUAUCCAAGAGAGAGAUUUGCGAGAGAUUCAACUUGACGUGGACAAUAUUUAUCAGCAUCUCCAAAAUAAUGAGCCCACCACAGCAGGCGAGAUUUGCAGCUGUAAAGAAAUCAGUGAUUCAUUGACUAGGUUAGAAUCUGAGGUGGCUAAUGUCACAAACUUCGCCAAAGAGAACCGGUAUGCCCUGGAAGAUGCCGAGGCAAAGAGGGGGCUUAGCCAGUGGGCCCCAGAAGUUGAAGAUCUCCAGCAAGGUUUGUGGAGUGUAAGAGAAUCACUAGCAUUUGAACAAGUGAAGAGGAAGACUAUUAAUGACAACCUAGCCCAGUUAAAAACCUCCCUCCUGGACAGCCAAAAAGAGAUUAUAGGACUUAAAGGCCAAUUUGUUGCUAAGGAAGCUGAAAUCAGAGAUCUCUCUGCAUCAUUCAGUUCUUUACUCAAGGAUGCCAUCCGCCACUCUGACAUUCUUGAGGUGCUUUUAGGAGAUGAGGUCAUGGAGUUCUCAAGCUGGUCUAACAGCCAGCAGAAGGAGCUUGCUAUUCCUGUACUGCUACAGAAAAUGCGUCUGAUGCAAGAAAAGAUUGAUAGUCAUGAGAACAGCUUGACCUCUCUAAGGAGGAGCAGUACAGAGAAAGCUCAAAUGACCAAUGAUGACCCUGUUGCAUUCACAGAAUGGAGCCUCACAAAAUACCAGGGAAGUUAUGCUGAAGAUCAUCUAGACACUUUACCAGACAUUUCCAAAAGGGAGGAUGAUGAGGACUACUCUGUUAGCGACUUCUGGAGCCUUGGGAGGGAAGUGGAGCAGCUUGCUAACAGACUCAGCAUGCUGGAACAGCAACCAUGCAACUGCACUGCUGCCCCCAGUGGUGUUGUAAUGGAACUACAGAGAGAUAUUAUAACCCUGCAACAAACUCUGGAGACUCAUUUGAGUACUUUCCAGAAUUUAUUCAGAUAUACAGAAGAGCUGGCUAGCUCCUCUGAUGGUGUGAACUUGGACCAGCUGCAGACCAUGGUGAGGACAAAAGAGAGGAAGAGAAAGAAAGGACAAAAUAUGAGGAAAAAGGGAGAUACAAGCAGCAUGCGCAGUAAAAGGCACAUUGGUACAAAGUAAGACCACUCCUGGUGACUAUCAUCAUUCCGUUAGAUCAUCACAAAAUCAUUACGGGGACACUCUUAGGGGGGCACUAAGGGGGCUAAAAGACAAAAAAAAUACCGAGUGGCUUCUAGACUUUAGAUUUGUAAGUACAAAAAUUGUGAAAACAACUUCCAGAUGAUGCAUCUUACUGUUGGAAGUAAAAUUUUAAAAACUCUUUUAGCAAAUUGGAUGUUUGGACUUCAUUACACAUUUCUGCUAGCUUCCUUACACUCAAAAACUAGUAGGAGAGCAGGAAAAAUAAGCAGUCCUAUACUGCUAUUGCUAGCUAAAGUGGUACAAACUCUUUGGGAAAAUCCCCUCCAAGGGUUCUUACCUGUGUAAAAGUGUUCUGCUUGGAAGCACUCAGUUGUACAAAGUACCUUUAAGGGUUCUCCCAGGGAGACAACAAAAAAUCCCUUAAUGUGUAGAAUCGUAGUGAGAAUCCUAAUGAUUUUAUGACAGAUUUGCAUAAUGCAAGCUGGGUAAUUGUAGUGAGAGAACAGAUUGUUUAUUCAACAAUCAUAAAAAAAUGUGAAUUUUGCAAGUCUGGGAAAACAAAUUUGUUCUACAGAAGACUAUAAAAGAUGAUGUCACUAUAUGCUAGCUUAAUGUUAUAAAGCCCUUUAAUCAAAUUUUACAAGAUCACUGGUGCUAGAUGACAUGAUACCAUUAUCACAACAUAUUAACAUGAAAUAUUUUCUGUAUAUCAUGGGUAUCAUCAAGUAUUGUUGCUUUUACAAAUCCAUGGCUGCUUACUGUAAUAAGUAUCUGAUUAUACAUUAUUUUCUGUUUAUACCAUUAUUUUCUCUUUAAUUUUCCCUCCUUCUUUUUGAAAGUGUUGAAUAGAACAUUCUUUCUGUGUCUCAUUUUUAUUUAUAGUAUUGCAGUAUAUUUUUGCCAUAUUGCUCAUCUUGCAAAUAAGCUUUACAAGUAAAAUACAAGUAAAAAUGUUAA